AAUUUUAUAGAUACGCUCCAUUGGCGUAAUCAAAAAGUUCUGAUUAAAAUAAAAUUAUAACGAAACAUUAUUCAGUUCAUUUUCUGCGAAAAUUCUCGCAGAAAUAGUCAUGUUUAGCCAUAAUAAAAGUACUUGGUGGUUUUGGAGUACAUGUCUGGUUUUAGUUUCGUGUGUCCUGGCUUAUCCAAGCGACCAUGGGGAGAAACAAGUAAAUCUUAGAAUAGGCUUUGAUUUAACACAAGAAAAUAAUGGCGAGCCAGCUUUGAGAAUUCGUGAUUUCGCAGAUGGUAACUAUCCUAGAGCACUAGACUCCAGUGAAAAAAAGCAUGGACAUGGUGGUCAUGCUGCAAUAAGAGCGGAUUCUUUUAGCGAUAGCAAUGAAGAGCCCAAAGAACCUGUCAUAGAAGUGAAAGAAGUUAAAAAAGCAAAGAAAUCCAAGCGUGAACGCGAACAUGAAAAAGUUAGCAAAGAUGAAUCAAACGAAUCUAAUUCAAAUGAUGAUUCUGAAGAAAAGAAAAUCAGAAGCACGCUAGGUAUUCGAGCUGGAGAAGAAGGAGAAGAUGGUAAUGUAAAAGUACACGGACGAGAACCAGAUGAAUCCGAUGCUAGAUAAUUCUACUGUGGUGAUUGUUGCCAUUAGGUCGAGAAAGAAGCCGCUUAACAUAUAGUGUUAGUCGGUUUUAUGUAAUAAAUUGAAAAUAAUUAACA